AUUUUUUACGAAAAAAAAUGAGAUGACAUGGCAAUUUCGGGUUCUCUGAUUGGUUGAUUUUUCUAUCCUAUGUGGACAUCCUCUCCAUGGCUUAUAUCCCCCUUUUAGUAUAGUAUAUAUUUCUGAUUACAUUCUCUUUUGUUUAGCAUCUCAUUAGUGUUGUAAACAGUAAUUUUCUAUUCCAUAACUUGAUUUUUUUUUUUUUGAUAAGUUGAUUUUUUAUUACCAUUUAAAAAAAAAUCAUGGUCUUUUCAAUAAAGAUUUUAAAUAGAUUAAUAACAUAUUUACCCCUCUGUUUCUAUUUUUUACAUUUUAACCCCAAUGUAUUUUCUGACAUUAGUCAAAAGUCAAAACAUACCUCCUCAUAAAUAGUCUUUCCCGUUUGCUUCUCUUUACGAAAUAUUUUGGUCUCUCUCUCAUCAACAUAAUUUCAGACAAAAAGAAAUAUGUCACGAGGAGCAUGCAAAAGAGUAAGCUUUAGUCCUAACCAAGAAGCCACUGAGGAACCUGUAUUCCCAAAACAUCACGACCAGAGAAAGGUGGUCCUCAUUGGAUUUCUCAGUUUCGGUCUCAAGACCUCGCCUGCUGGAAGGAAGCUCAUCCGACGUAUCCGAGCUAGAGUCGCCAAAACGCUGCGUUCUAUGUCCUUUAGUAGGAGUACGACCGACAAAACGUCAUCGUUGUUGCUGUCUUCAUCUUCUCCUUCCUCGUCUAUUCGUAUGAAAAGGUCCAAGUCUCUAGCUGAGUCGGAGUCUCACAGAGCAGAAGCUAUUGAAGACUGCAUUGAGUUCUUGAACUCUUCUUUUUCGCUGUCCAGAUCAAACUCUGUCUCGACGUGGUCUUCUUGAUUUGACCGGUUAGGAUUCGGAUCAAAUGGAACUCCUACUCUCUUUUUCUUCUGGUGAAAUGUUAAAAGAGUUGAGAAUUGUGAAUUGAGCAUUGUAGAGAGGAGUGGUUUUUCAACC